AGUUGGCGUUGCAGAAGGCGCGGGGCUUCCGGUCUUUUUACGUCUCGGAUUUACUUUCAGUGGAGAUAUUGAAUCAAAGAGAUUCGAAAAAUCCGUAUCAUCCCUUCACAUGAACCCGAGAAAGUCCGGCUGAAAAAAACGGGGGGAAAAAUUCCGGAAUAAAGAUUAACCCGUUAUUCAACAACUGCAUCUGAGCACGCGCGAGAAAGUUGCGCACGCGCACCAUCGGUGACUGCCUCGGCGUGCGGACGCAAGCGCUAACGGCUCAGCCUAGAGGCGCGCGCCGCGUGAAGCUAAGACGAUGGCGGGUACCGGGCUCGUGGCUGGGGAGGCGGUGGUGGACGCCCUGCCGUACUUCGAUCAGGGUUACGAAGCGCCCGGCGUGCGGGAGGCGGCUGCUGCCUUGGUAGAGGAGGAAACCCGUCGGUACCGGCCAACCAAGAACUAUCUGAGCUACCUGCCUGCCCCGGACUACUCAGCCUUUGAGACUGACAUUAUGAGAAAUGAAUUUGAAAGACUGGCUGCCCGACAACCAAUUGAAUUGCUUAGCAUGAAACGAUAUGAACUUCCAGCUCCCUCCUCUGGACAGAAAAAUGAUAUCACUGCAUGGCAGGAAUGUGUAAACAAUUCAAUGGCCCAACUGGAACAUCAAGCAGUUCGGAUUGAGAACCUUGAGUUGAUGUCACAACAUGGUUGCAAUGCCUGGAAAGUAUAUAAUGAAAAUCUAGUUCAUAUGAUUGAACAAGCCCAGAAGGAGCUGCAGAAGUUAAGAAAGCAUAUCCAGGACUUAAACUGGCAGAGGAAGAACAUGCAACUCACUGCUGGGUCUAAGUUACGAGAAAUGGAGUCAACUUGGGUCUCCCUUGUCAGUAAAAAUUAUGAGAUCGAACGGACUAUUGUACAGCUAGAAAAUGAAAUCUUUCAAAUCAAGCAACAGCAUGGGGAAGCAAACAAAGAAAACAUCCAGCAGGAUUUCUGAAAAAAAAAAAAUGGACUUCGGGGAAGGGAGAAGAGGGCAUUUUAGGAAUUCUUAGGCAUCAGGAAGUUGAAAGAUCCUCAGAUCAUGGUAACAACCUGUUAAGGGAGUGAUGAUGACCUGAAUAGCCUGGCCGAAUGCUUAGAAAAAUAUAUUAGAAACUUAGGAAAUGUGUAGAAUGUGUGAAUUAAUGGUUCUUUGUACUAUAUUUAAUUCUAUUUGUAUAUUUUUUUGACAAAUAAAUUUU